GUAUGAAUCAAGUGAAGCAGAUCUUCAGAGACAGAAAUUCUGCUUAGGAUCUCCUCAAUGAUGGUGCUGCCACUGAGUCAACCUCACUUCUGUGCACUCCUGCUGCUGGUGGUGUCAAACUUGCUAUUGUGGGAGAAAGCUUCAUCAAUUCCUGCAUGUAUGGCAGAAAAGAGUGGCUGCUGGAACCCUCUUGUGGAAACAUUUAACAGUGCCAUGCAGAAAGCUGAAACCCUUCGUACACUUGCUGACCAAUUCUAUGUAGAGCUUUAUCACAACCAAUUCUCAUCUGAACAAUUUUUGGCUUUUAACUCAAAACUCAUUAGGCGAGAUGAGACUGUUGUCAGAGCUGGAACUUAUUGCCAUUCUACUCUCUCAAACCCCCCAGAUAGGGGAACUGAGCAUGCAGAUAGUGAAAAUGAAAAAUAUUUAAAAACUUUGAUCAAUUAUGUGAGUUCCUGGAUCAGCCCUCUAUUCCAUCUAGUGAUUGAACUGAAUAUGAUGCAAGAUGUCCCUGAAACUAUCCUUUCAAAAGUCAUGCAGAUCGAAGAGAACAAGAGAAAUCUCCUGGAAGACCUUAGGUGGAUACUCACCAAGGUCUAUCCUACAGCUGAGAUGAAGCAAGAAUUUCCUAGUUGGGAACAUCUUUCAUUCUUAAAAUCAGAGGGCAAACAUUAUAAAUUGUUGGCAAUGUUUAACCUUUCCAACUGCAUAUACAAUGAAACAUAUCACAUUCUAUUUUAUCUUAGAAAUUUGAAGUGUACGAUAACUGGGGAAGACUGCUAAGUACACAUCUACCCUGUCUGUUUUGGAAAUGUUCCACAACAGUCCAUUGCUGAGAUGUUCCUUUUAAUUGUAUAUCUUUUGAAUCCAUGUGUGGGUAUAAUGAAUCUCUUUUUAAAAAAAUAAAAGCAUUAUCUUUAGAAAUAUCCAAAUCUAAAAA